AUGCAAAGAAAACGGCACAAUAAGACCAGUUCCUGGUCCACAUAUCUGCACUUCAAAGGUCAAAAUUUUAAUGCAGAGGAAUACCACCAGCUUACAUUGGAGCAACACUCAGAGAUGGUAGAGGAAUUCAAUAAAAUCAAGAGCUCCGGACAGAGUAAGCCGCCAAAUGUCACCACUUGUACUCGUCUUGCAGAGGUAAAUCAUAGCUUUGCUGCAAUGGUCAGUGAGGCUGAAGCACUCAAGGAACGUGUAGGUACCAAAACCUUGAUCGUUGCAGUGCGAAGUUUGACCAACCUCAACAUGUUGCCCAAAGUCCACUUUACCAGUGACGUGGUGUCCCACUUUGUCCACACACUCUUACACAAGGAUCCCAUGAAAUUUGGGAUUAAGAUGGAAUCUACAGUUCUCACUGGGCUCCCAACACAAAACGUUGAGGUGACUGAGGACCAGAAUGCAACACUUGAAUUUGUCCACUAUGAGCAGAUGGUCCAGGCUCAUCUCGUCAAAAUUGUUGGCUGGUGUCACGAUCACUGGGGUAAUCCAAGCAACCUCAAGGGCGGUGUUGAUGCCUUGCAGAUGCUUGCACUUGCAAUCGACAAUCGAACAUGCCAGUUUGUUAGGAUUUCAAAAGAUGAAGCCAUCAAGUGCAUGGAGCACAUUGAUGCUGGUGAAGACUUGUCACUGAACAAAGUUGACACAGAACCCUAUGAAAGCAACAAUGACAAUGACAGAGACAGCAACAACAAUGACAGAGAUGGAGAUGGAGACAACAGCAACAACAUCGACAUCGACAACAGCAACAGCAACAGCAAUAGCAAUGACAGAGACGGAGACAACAGCAGAGACAGAGACAACAAUGGCAGUGUGGGCAAUAGUGCUCCCACUGGAGAACCUCAUAGCGAGAUAAUAGAUGACCUCAUUGAUCCUGCGCUUUCCAAUGGAUAUCCAUGCUGCUUGAGACACACUGGGUGCAUUGUAGAGUCCUUUGGUCAUCACUAA